GGCGGGGUUGAGACCAUCACCACAAGCGCAGUCGACGGACUUCCCUAGUGAUCCUCCCAUACAUUAUCGUUAUUAAAAGACCGACCCACAAACGAUCCAAAAGCUCUCGUGUCAUCAACUUGUUGCGCAGCGACAACUUGCCACGAGAUAGCGGCUCAGAGCCAGACUCUCCAGUCAACACCACAACUUCCCCCACUGGACCUUUUACACCCAGUGCUCUGGGCCCUCCUACACCGACCGACGGUCCCCGAUUAAGUCCCCUCUCUCCGACUACUACUCGCACCUCCCAAAAGAAUAUGGAUACUCUAGAGUCUCCAGCAGGUCCACCUGAGGCUUCGCUCAAAGUCACGUCGGGCCUUGCUUCAACUAAUGGAGCAUCCAUUGAAGACUCAGUGCGAACAUUUCGGGUCUUCGAAGUUCUCAGGAACAAAGACAGUGCGGCGGUCUCCAAAGCAAUCGCCGAAUCUAUACCUUCCGCCUCAAAUCCCCAGCCUAUCCCCGGAACCACGAUCCUUCAUCUGGCUGUACAGUGUGCCGAGCCGAACGUGGUUGACCAGGUGAUAAAAGAAGGGAAAGGCUUAGAUUAUAACGCUCAGGACAAGGAGGGAAAUACUGCUUUACAUCUUGCCGCACAACUGGGCAGAGCACCCGUUGUUAGAAGCCUCCUCGAGCUUCCGGACAUCAACGACUCCAUCGCCAACAGGCAGGGCAAACUCCCCAUUGACUUGGCCCGAACUCCCGAGAUUUUUCAACAGUUACAAUUGACUAGAUCAAUCUUCCUGGACGACAAAAUCAGAGCCAUACAGACGGCGCUGUCCCAGGGCGCGUAUAAACAGAUCGAGGCGAUCUUGACAGAACCUCGAGUCGAAGGCACAUUGGAUGUCAAUGCUUUGGAACUGGCCACCGAGCCGAUAACAGUGCAGACCGGUGGCACUCUGCUUCACGAAGCGGCCCGCAAAAGAGAUCUACAACUAGCUCAGCUCCUGCUAUUACAUGGCGCUGAUCCAUUUAGGAGGGAUCGAAAGGGCAAAUUACCUCAAGAUGUAACCAAGGAUGACCGUACGAGGGCAAUACUGAAAAAGUCUCCUGCCGCUGCCGCCGCUCAGCGAGGGAUACAGGAGAAAGCAAUUUUGGGAAACCACCCAACACAGUCCAGAACAGGAGCAAACGACGCCAGUAAGGAUGCUCGAGAGAUGAAAGGAUACCUGAAGAAAUGGACAAACUACACCAGUGGGUACAAGCUGCGGUGGUUCGUCCUCGAAGAAGGCGUUCUUAGCUAUUAUAAACACCAAGACGAUGCGGGUUCUGCUUGCCGCGGAGCUAUCAACAUGCGCAUCGCCGGAUUACACAUGGAUGCACAAGAUAAGACGAGGUUUGAAAUCCACGGAAAGUCCUCUGUCAAGUAUCACCUAAAGGCCAAUCAUGUUGUGGAAGCGAAACGGUGGUUUUGGGCUUUGAAUAAUGCGAUUCAAUACACCAAAGACGAGGCCAAGGAUGAAGAGAAGCGCCGCACUCUUGAUGUCGACAGUAUUCGACAUACGAGAGGCGAAUCAUCCUCAGACAUGCUCUCGGUUACUCCUAGUCGAACGAAGCAGCCUAUUGCUGCAAACUUGAGUGCCCCUGGAGGUUCCUCAAAAGUGAGCUUCAGGUCUGAUGUUGAGGGUGGCUCAACGUACGAUUCCUAUGAUGCUAGCAUCAUUGGAGAAGAAUUGCAGCGCUUGCCCACAAAUGCCCACACUGCAACAAUUGAUGCAGAAGAAGACGGCGACGGUGAUGAUGCUAGUAGUCGUGAAGUGCACAACCCCGGCAGCAAGGAUGCCUUCAACAUCACUGCGCAAUCUGCCAAAUUGCAGCUUGACCUUCUUGCACGAGUUUCAGAUGCGCUUAUCAAGCGGAAAGACUCUCAGCCAGAUACUACGUUGGCUGAUGACAAUGUUUCGCAGGCGCUCUCCGCCUACCAAGAGGCUGUCAGCAGCUUGAAUAGUUUAGUGGCAGACUUGCUAAAGAUUUCCAAAGACAGAGACGCAUAUUGGCAAUAUCGACUCGACCGGGAUGCCGAUGUCCGCAGGAUGUGGGAAGAGAGCAUGGCCAAGAUUGCUUAUGAACAUGAAGACCUCAAGAAGUCCAUCGCAGAGUCGGAGGAGAAGCGCAAGCGCACGAAACGUGCACUGAAGGAAGCUUUGGAAGGUCAAUCGCGUCCUGUGAGUCGUCCGAGCUCAUUGGUGCAGCAAGAGUCUGCAGACCGUGUUCAAUUUGAAGAAGCUAUUGAGGAUCAAACAGGUCUCAGACCUGAAGCAACAGCUGCAGUCAGAGAUCGAUCACGGCGCAAGUCCUUUACGAGAGAAGGCAACAGGAGGAAGUCAAUCAUUGCGCAGUACACCAAUAUUUCAGAUUCCGAGUCCGGUGACGACGAGGAGUUCUUCGAUGCUAUUGACGCUGGAAGGGUUGAAGUUGUUGAGCCGCCUCUUGCAAGUCCUCCUCCCGUACACGUUGAGCAGGAAGAACUUUUGUCGAAACUUAACGAGCGAGCAAUGAAACAAAUGCAAAUCGAGCCAUCAUAUGCUGGCUACCAAGAUGGCAUUCGUGAACGACUCAAGAUGGACGCUGAUGAUCGUCCCAAGAUCUCCUUAUGGGGUAUUUUGAAGUCCAUGAUUGGAAAAGACAUGACCAAGAUGACCUUGCCUGUCUCCUUCAACGAGCCUACUUCGCUACUGCAACGUGUCGCCGAAGACAUGGAAUAUGCAGACCUUCUGGAUAUCGCAGCUGAUCGGCCUGACUCGACCGAACGCCUAGUCUAUGUUGCUGCAUUUGCUGCUUCAGAGUAUGCAAGUACUAUUGGCCGUGUUGCCAAACCCUUCAAUCCUCUUCUGGGUGAGACAUAUGAAUAUGUCCGACCAGAUAAGGGAUACAGAUUCUUCAUCGAGCAAGUCAGUCAUCAUCCCCCCAUUGGUGCCGCUCACGCUGAGUCUGCUCGCUGGGACUACUGGGGUGAAUCUGCAGUCAAGUCAAAGUUCUAUGGCAAGUCGUUUGAUAUCAACCCGUUAGGCACCUGGUUCCUGCGUCUACGUCCUUCCGGCGGCGGGCCAGCCGAAUUGUACACCUGGAAGAAAGUCACGAGCUCAGUCGUCGGAAUCAUUACCGGAAAUCCUACUGUGGACAACUACGGACCAAUGGAGAUCAAAAACUGGACCACCGGCGAGGUCUGCUAUUUGGAUUUUAAAGCACGAGGCUGGAAAGCCAGCUCUGCUUACCAGGUCUUUGGCAAAGUUGUUGGUGUUGAUGGGGUGACGAAAUGGAGUAUCGGUGGCCGGUGGAACGAUAAAAUCUAUGCCCGCGAAACCGAGGGGUAUGAAGACGAGUUUGUUGGGCAAGGCCAGCAACACAAGUCUGGCAAUCAAGCCCUCCUCGUCUGGGAAGCCCACAAGCGUCCACAAGGCAUUCCAUUCAACCUUACUCCAUUUGUUGUCACGCUGAAUGCCGUCCCUGAAAAUCUGCGUCCUCAUCUCCCACCCACAGAUACCCGCCUCCGGCCCGAUCAACGCGCAAUGGAGGAUGGCGAGUAUGAUCUAGCUGCCACGGAAAAGAACAGAGUGGAAGAAAAGCAGCGUGCAGCUCGUCGACAACGUGAAUCUGCUGGUGAAGAGUGGAAACCCAAAUGGUUCGAGAAGAAGUCGGAUCCGAUCACGGGCGAGAGCUAUUGGGAACAUAAUGGAUUGUAUUGGCAGCGACGAGUGGAGCAGGACUGGAGUGGCUGUGACGAUAUCUUUUAGGGAAAGACUGAUACCACAUCCAGUCAAAAUGGACAAGGACGACAGUAUAGCAAAGAACGAGUCCAUCGGAAAACACGAAGGCCGCAGGGAAGGAGCAAGGAUGAUUAAAAGACGAAGGUGCCCCUACAAUUCUCUCGGCUUCAUCAUCGAAUCUUCGCAAUGUUUCCUGCCCCUUUGCUCAUCCUUCUACAGUUGAAACAUUUUUACUUUUAUUUCAGUGCCUGUCUGUCGCAAAGGAUCAGUUAUCGCAAAUGCCUUAUACUGCGAGCCAACGACACCUGAUGUAGUCGUGACAGGCCGAGAUGUUUUGUAUGACCGACAAGAGAAGCGCCACUAGUUGCAUUGCCCCUCUAGAGAGGGUGUUUGUGACUACUCAAGAACAACCCAGGUCAGCUAUCACAGCAAUGCCAAUACAGACAACACUAGUCCUCUUUGUCAACAACAUGUCUGACCUCAAGCUUUGGACUGGCCUCAUCUACGAUCGCCCUGGUCAACCAUGCUUCUGAGCCUAAUGUAGCCCAGCAGUACCAGUCAGAAAUGAGGUAGAGUCUGUCAACGAGAAUAGCAGCCCACAGAUAUUUCCUCGUGAAAGGGUAUUCUUUGGCAAAGGCAAGCAAGCCACGGGCAUAGUUGUAUGUCUUCCAACCCAGAAGGAAUAAUCUAGUAUCGUCAGUACGAACCAGCCUGCGAACCAUGCAGACUUACGCCAGUUGCGGAACUGUCCACGCUGUUUUGUAUAUUGCCCACAGCCUUACCCACAAUAAGAUAGGGUUCAGCAUUCCCUCGACCAUCUUCCGAGCCAUGAAUGGAUACGUCCGCCGCAUACUUGGGUAUCCCGGUUCGUACAGCAAGCAGAGCAAACGGUGCCUCAGUCCACUUCUGUACCAUCUCUUCACCUGUCCGACAAAGCGCGAAUCACGCAUCAGGGUGGUCCCGACUUCCGCCUCUGGUAUCAGUUGGAUUCCUAAUGUCCAUGGUCGAGGUUUUGUCUUUGUAACUUCUUUCUGACGGCAAGGCGGGCGCAGUAGAUGGUAGAACAAGACCCAUCGAGUGAGAAACCCAUCAUCACCGCUGUUCUGGCGUACACCCAUCCAAUACUCGUUUGUGAAUGCAUGCUGAAAUUCAGAGUCUCGCACGAUCUCGCCACGGAAUAACAUGGUGACACCAGAAACACAAAAGUUGGUUCCUCCAUCUGCCGCGUAUGCACUCUGCAUGCUGUCAUGACGCUUGCCCCUGAGACGCAUGGCGGCAACCUCCCAUGCAGUGAUGACUUUAGAAUUCUGUCGACCCUCUGGAAGGUAUGAACUACGAGGCAGAUUCGUCAGGAGAAAGAGAUCCGAUCAUGGGGUCAAUCCUGAUACUGAGAAAAACUUACAAUACUGCACCACCCGAAAGGCCAACGUCUUCUUUUUGGAAUGGAGCCAACAAGUGAACCAAAACAUUGUUAUGAGGCCAAUAGGCGUCAUCAUCGACAAGGGCGAUGAUACUGCCUCUGCUAGCAUUCACCCCACGCACAAUCUGAUCCCGUUUGUGUGCCGCCACCACGGUCAAGACCUGAAUUUGGAUAGCUCCUUGCAAAGAUCGUAUCCGGUCGUUUUGCAAGAGUUUUUCAAUUCUGGAAACCUCUGCCUCGGUCGUGACGAUGAUAAUCUCCCCGACACUGUUGCAUAGGACGCCGCAGAUGCAGUCAGCAAAUGUGUCCUCGUGGUCGACGGUGGGUAUCACGACGCUCACAUCCGACGGGUGAUGUCGUCGUUCUGACGGUUCAGGGAUAGGGAAUGGUUUGUAUUUAGCUCUAUUCCGCAACGACUCUCGAUGUUCAAGAAGGUCCCAGACACUGUCCCCGUCCGUGGCAUGUCAGGUCAGCGGAGGGAUGGGUGGGUUUCUGUUUCGCUUACACAAAAGAUACGAGUAUAGCUGGGGCCACCAGACUCGAUUUCAGGCUCAUUGGAAUGCUGCUGAUCAUGUUCCCCAUUAUGAUAGCUCUGAAAUUUCUGUCCAUAUUGAUUUAUUUUGGGUUUUUCUCCCCUUUCACAGCCACAGAGAGAUUUAUGUAUGUAUGAUUACUCCAGGCAGGAAAAAGCAACUCGAAAUUUUCCUCUUCUUAUACAUGUCUGCAAUACGGCGGCGUUUGUCUAAACUUCUGUUUGUUGUGAUGUUACAU